ACCACAGGAUACUACAGUACCGGAAGUACCCCAGGUGCCACAGCUGGUAUUUUGGCACACUAUUGAGGACGGGAAUUUGCGGUUUCGGACAGAACCCAGAUCAGUCCAGCUCAGGAGUGAGGAACCGGUUCUGGGUGUGAACUUUACUGCUACAAGAACUUCCCUUUCCAACCUUCCAGACGCGCGUCUAAAAAACAUUUCGGCUUCCGUAGCUGAAGUAGCUCGUAGUGUAGUAUUUCUUUUCCCUCCCUGUUGUAAAUUAAUAAACAUUUUAUUCAUUUUCCUUUCGCGUUUUUUUUCUCCACACGAAAAUAAGUUUUGACUCCGAGCGGCGUUUAAAACAAAACAGACAAGCGUCACGGAGUUUUAAUGAACUGUCAAGACGAAUAGAAAGCCUGUUAGCUUCCCUGUUAGCUCUUAGCCAGGCUACUACAGCACUUCUAUUACUACUGUCUUUACUUCAUGCUAACUCAGUAGGUCUGUUAAUGUUCAUGCUAAUGCUAAUGCUAACAAAUGUUGACGUUGUACUUAAUUUAAAGUGCUGCGUGGAUGAGAAGAAGUCGUAAAGAAGGCAUGUCCGUGUGGCUGUUUUAAAACAUUUGGGUUUUUUUCCCCCUCGCUAUAUUUGUAAACACAGCGCUAGCUGAGAGCUCUGAAGUAGGAAAUACGGUAAUAGUGUCCACGUACUGGUCCUGGUGUGUUUAUACUCCUCACGAAGACAUGAUUUAAUGCACAUGGUAGGACUUGCUUCCAUUACAAACGCGAUCAGUGUUAGUUUGUUUGUGGAAAGUCAGAGUGGACAGACAUGUCAUUGUCAGAAGGGUUUGUGAUGAUCAGGAUGGUGAAGAUGAAGCUGAUGUUUGAUGAUCUUACACACUCUGUGCGCUUGUAAAUAAGUGUGGUUCAUAUAGAUGGUUGUACACCGGAAGAGAACUGUGUCCAAAUCUGUGCGUUUGCGAGAAGAUCCUGAAUUUCAGCAGCAACAUGUCUGGAGAGAGCAGCAGCAGCAGCAGCAGUGGUGGAGAAGACUCGGAUAGAGAGAGCCGAAGGAAAACCUGCACCGUGAAACACGAGAUCACGAACGCGAAUCUCACAGGACACACUGAGAAAGUUGGCAUGGAGAACUUUGAACUUCUCAAAGUGCUCGGCACUGGAGCCUACGGAAAAGUGUUCCUGGUCCGGAAGAUCAGUGGCCAUGAUGAAGGCAAACUGUACGCCAUGAAGGUUCUGAAGAAAGCAGCAAUCGUUCAGAAGGCGAAGACGGCAGAACACACACGGACAGAGAGGCAGGUUCUUGAACACAUUCGCCAGUCACCUUUCUUGGUCACGCUGCACUACGCCUUUCAGACCCAGACCAAACUCCACCUUAUCUUGGAUUACGUGAGCGGAGGAGAGAUGUUCACUCACCUGUACCAGCGUGAUCACUUCUCUGAGGAUGAGGUGCGGAUCUACGUCGGAGAGAUUGUGCUUGCGCUGGAGCACUUGCACAAGCUUGGCAUUGUGUAUCGAGACAUUAAACUGGAGAACAUUCUGCUGGACAGUGAUGGUCAUGUGGUGCUCACUGAUUUUGGCCUGAGUAAGGAGUUUUUGGAGGAGGAGAAAGAGAGGACCUACUCAUUCUGUGGUACCAUUGAGUACAUGGCCCCAGAAAUCAUCAGAGGAAAGGCCGGCCACGGCAAGUCAGUAGAUUGGUGGAGUUUGGGGAUUCUUAUGUUUGAGUUGUUGACCGGUGCAUCUCCGUUCACCUUGGAGGGUGAGAGGAACUCCCAGAGUGAGGUGUCCAAGCGCAUCCUACGCUGUGAGCCUCCUUUCCCUUCUAUAAUCGGGCCAGUGGCUCAGGACCUCAUCAGGAAGCUCCUGGUAAAAGACCCACAUAAGAGAUUGGGUUCAGGGCCCAGAGGAGCCGAAGACAUUAAAAGUCAUCCUUUCUUCAAGGGAUUGAAUUGGACGGAUUUGGCAGCGAAGAAGGUUGCAAGCCCGUUCAAGCCAGAGCUACGUAAUGAGCUGGACGUGGGGAAUUUUGCCGAGGAGUUCACAGGCAUGGAACCGGUCUACUCCCCUGCUAGCACACCUCCCAGCACUGACCGUCUCUUCCAGGGCUACUCGUUCGUAGCUCCAUCCAUCUUGUUCAACAAGAACGCGGUGAUGGGAGAUUUCCUGGAUGCUCCAGUGAGCGUGGACCGUCCUGGCUCUGCUACGGUUCAGCGCAGUGCCAUGUUAAAGGAGUCGCAGUUUUUCCUGCAUUAUGAGCUGUGUCUUCUGGGGCCACCACUGGGCGAGGGCAGUUUCUCCGUCUGCAGGAAGUGCAGGCACAAGCAGAGUGGCCAGGAGUAUGCUGUUAAAAUCAUCAGCCGCAGGAUGGAGUCCAUGACUCAGAGGGAGAUUGCAGCACUUAGGCAGUGUGAAUCUCAUCCAAACAUAGUUACCCUCCAUGAAGUUUAUACCGAUCAGUAUCACACAUAUAUGGUAAUGGAGCUGUUGCGUGGGGGCGAGCUGCUGGAGCGACUGAAGAAAAAGAAGCUGUUUGCUGAAGGCGAGGCCAGUCAGCUGAUGAAGAGCCUGGUGUCAGCCGUCAGCUUCAUGCAUGAGGCCGGAGUCGUGCACCGAGACCUCAAACCAGAGAAUGUACUUUUUGCCGAUGAAGCUGACGACUCGUUGCUGAAAGUGAUCGAUUUUGGGUUUGCGCGCCUGUUUCCAGCGGGCAGCGCUCCUUUGCAGACGCCAUGCUUCACACUGCAGUACGCUGCCCCCGAACUUUUUCACAACUCCGGAUAUGACAAGGCGUGUGACCUCUGGAGCCUUGGAGUCAUCCUGUACACCAUGCUCUCUGGACAAGUCCCGUUCCAGAGCGAGAAGAAAGGGAUGACCUCAUCACAUGCUGCCGACAUCAUGCACAAGAUUAAAGAAGGAGACUUCUCAUUGGAUGGAGAAGCUUGGAAAGGCGUGUCCGAGGAAGCCAAAGAUCUAGUCAGAGGUCUGUUAACAGUGGACCCCGAGCGGCGACUCAAACUUUCAGAUCUGAAGGAGAACGCGUGGCUGCAGGGCGGAGGCGUGUCUUCUACUCCUCUCUGCACCCCUGAUGUCCUGGAGUCCAGCGGCCCCACCGUCCGCACCUACGUCAAUGCCACAUACAAGGCGUUUAACAGAGGCAAGCGAGAAGGUUUCUUCCUGAAGAGUGUGGACAACGCACCGCUGGCUAAACGCCGCAAGCUGAAGAUGACCAGCACGGGCGUAGAGACGCGCCGCAGCUCUUCUUCAUCAUCUUCCUCUUCCUCCUCCUCGGCUUCUCGUGCAAAAACCCAGAUCCCGGACAACGACCCGAAACUGUGACUCCGUCACCGAUGAUCCAUCACCUCAGCUUGCUUUGACGCCGUCUUGAAGCUACGUUGACGCCUAAAUUUAUAAAGAGAGGUCAAUGAUGAUAAAGCAUUAACUGAAAGAAUUAUAAUUAGAAAUGAAAGAUGAAGCAGGGCAAGUGUGAAGCUUAGACGCGAGACUGAUCACUGGACAGUCGUUUAACUGAACAUGACGGCUUGAAAACCCGGCGUGUAUAAAUCUAAAAGGGGCCAUCUGUGGCAGGGUCAAGCUGCGGAUUAUUGAAGCCAGUUAAAGGCUAAGCGACUCAUGGAGAGUCCUUAUUUUUAGUCGACUCUGGCGUCUGAUGUUUUAAUACGACACGAGCUUUUUGAUUUGAAUGAAUUACUGAAUGAAUGAAUGAAUGAAUGAAUGUACACACUUAUUAUUAAAUGUUACCUUGUGCGGUGGCACGCAAGGCAUUUUUAGCAAGUAGAGUUUUCGCAAGAAAUGUUAUUUUUAAAAGGGAAAUGGAAAUAUAACAAGGCUAGGAUGCCAAGACAGAAAAGCCAUAUGGGAUAGAAGGGAAUGAUUUUAGAAUUAUUAUUAUUAUUAUUAUUAUGUUUAAGAAAAGAAAUCCAUAUUUGUCACUGUACAGAUCCACGUCUAGAGAGAACAGCUUUAUCGGAAUCAUAUACUGUAUACAUUAGGAUGAAUAGUGAAUGUCACUGUACGAGAACGUGCUAAAUGGGCAAUAUAUGCAUGACGUUAUUUAUUUUUUAAAAGCUGAAUCACGUGAUCGAAAAGAUAAGCAACUUGAAGCUGUCACCAACUCUGCAAAAGUCUUUAGUUCUGAAACUCAGAUGCUUAAUCGCUUGACUGGUGCUACUUCAUGUAGGAGGGUGAUGAUGAUUUGAGCAUUAGGACGUGGCUGUGCCGUUAAAGGUGCAAUAUGUAGGAAAACUUGAGAUACUUUUGCUUCCAGAGGCUUUUUUUUUUUAACAAAAAGAAUGACCUUUCUGUGCUUGAUUUGUGCAUCGUCUGUAGUUACACCUUUGUAGCAUUUUUACCAAUCUCUUUAACGAAAUGUGAGCAGUUCAUUUUGGGAUUUGAAAGCAAAAAUCCUACUUAUUGCACCUUUAAGGUCUGCCGUCUUAGUUUUGCGCAUCUUGUACGGUAUAUUAGUGAUGUGUGUGCGUGUGUGAACUUGCAUGCCAACUCUCAAAAAGAAUCCUCUAAACACGGGGUUCUUUUAUUCCUCUCCUUUAACUUGAACAAACAAACAAACAAACAAAAAAAAAAGAAAAUCCACCACCUCUUCUCUUCUUUGCAAAAAUCUGGCUCCUCUGCCUUCCUUCGAAUUUUUAAAAAGGGCUUCAGCACACUUGCGUCUGAAGUGUGUGUUAUCUAGCACUGUGAGAGACAGAGAGCGUCAAGAAGCAAAGCUGUCUUUCACUCUUUUUUUUUUUUUUUUUUCCCAUCCCAAGUCCUCGCUUUUCAGGAGUUGCUGGAAAGGACGAGCCUGGGUUUUUCUCGGGAGUCUGGCGAUCUCUUAACGGCGAUCUGAGAGACUCGAACGGACAGGUUGAAUAAUGGUAUGAGGAAAGGGCGUGAAGUCACCGUGAACACUCAUUAAGCAUUCAUGAGGUUGGGAUGCGAUACCGCUGUCUGCACGACGUCGUCCUGAAAUGCAGCGAGCGUUCUUCUCAUUUUCAAUGCCAAAAAUAAUCCUGCAGCAAGGACACAUUCGUCAUUGUCAUGAUGUGAUGACAACUUUUGUCAAACGCACUUGGCUUUGAAGAGCCAGAAUCAGCGUACAAAGCACUAGCACCCUGCCAUGUUCAGUUUUCAUUUUGCCUCCUCCACGCUGUAUACGGAAAAUAAUGUGAACAAAACAUGGCUCGAGUUUUAAUCGCUCUUCUGAUGGACUUGAUCUUCUGAUUGUCAGUGUUUUUUUUUUAAAUGUGAUGAUGCCAAACGUGUUCGAGUCCGCUGCAUUUAAGGACACUUUUCAAAAUCCUGACUGAUGAACACGCUGAUAAACAUGUUCAUUUCUUUUGAUUUGACGAAUUCAUUCUGUUUCUACUUUGACCAAGUUGAGGUGGAAAUUGAUGACGUGUUUCCAGCUUGAAAAGAAAUAGCGGCUCACGUCUUUGAUAUUUAUUACGUUUUAUUCUGCCGUGUUAUUUUGAGUAACGGCUACGGCUUCCUGCUUGCUUUAUUUGGGACCCGUGUGAUUUUGUGCGUCUGUUUUUAGUGAUGUACUUUUUUUGUCGUAAGGAACAUCCUAUUCUUCGCUCCUAUAAGUCUUGCACACUGCACUAAAAACAAAAAUAAUAUUCGUGGAAAUUAUGGAAAUAUUCAUGGCUUAGAUCACAAAGCGUUUUUGUUGUAAUGAUGAUUUUAUUGUCUUCAGUUUCUCUUGUUGGUGUUUCGAGUCUUUUUUUUUUUUUAAAUGUAUCUUAUGUUUUUAGUUCUGAAUUGCAUGUUUUACAUUUUUAUAUAACAAUUGGUGUUCUGUCUUCUGAUAAUAAGGUUGUUUUUAUAAGAAAAGAGCAUUAUGAAACUAAAUCAAAUGCACUGUUUGAAGGCAACACAAGAUACUCCUUCCUUCCUUCCCCCUUUGAAAACACUGUUAAAUCUUUAACAUGAAAUAUAAAUCACUUCACUAUUCUUAAA